UCAGCCUCCUCCUCCCCCAGCCCAGCCUGCCUGCUGCUGGAGGGACUGGGUCAUUAAGGAAGCUGGCCAAGUGGCUAAAAUGUUCUGAGAACCUGGGUGAUUUCUCAGAAACCCCUCAGUAAGUGAAACUGAAAGGGUAGGGCAAGGCAGGAAAGAAAGACAAUGGGCCCUUCUAAAAACAGAAACUGAAAGAAAAGAAAUGGAGAGUAUUUAAAGACCUCCACCCUGCCUGGGCAUUCUCAUAUGCUCAACUGUCCCUUGUGACCAGGGGCGGCCGACUCCACAGCCAGGCGUCUUGUCUCAACUGCUGAACACAUCUGCUCACUAGCCAGAGGAAGGCCUAGGUCCCAGAAGAUGGCGGACAUGUCCAGUGGCGAGUCCUGCACCUCCCCACUGGAGCUGUUCAACAGCAUAGCUGCUCAAGGGGAGCUCGUGAGGUCCCUCAAGGCUGGAAAUGCACCAAAAGAUGAAGUUGAUUCUGCAGUGAAGAUGUUGCUGUCAUUAAAAACGAGCUAUAAAGCUGCCAUGGGGGAGGAGUACAAGGCCGACUGCCCUCCAGGAAACCCAGCAGCUGGGAGCAAUAGUGAUCCAGAUGCCACAAAGGCCAACGAGGAUUUUGUGGACCCUUGGACAGUGCGGACAAGCAGUGCGAAAGGCAUCGACUAUGACAAGCUCAUUGUUCAGUUUGGAAGCAGCAAAAUUGACAAAGAGCUGAUAAACCGAAUAGAGAAAGCUACUGGCCAGAGACCACACCGCUUCCUGCGCAGAGGCAUCUUCUUCUCCCACAGAGAUAUGAAUCAAGUCCUUGAUGCCUACGAAAAUAAGAAGCCAUUUUAUCUGUACACGGGCAGGGGGCCCUCCUCUGAAGCAAUGCAUCUGGGGCAUCUUGUCCCCUUUAUUUUCACAAAGUGGCUGCAGGAUGUAUUCGACGUGCCUCUGGUCAUCCAGAUGUCUGACGAUGAGAAGUACCUGUGGAAGGACUUGACUCUGGAGCAGGCAUACAGCUACACAGUGGAAAAUGCCAAGGACAUCAUUGCCUGUGGUUUCGACAUCAACAAAACUUUCAUCUUCUCUGACCUUGAGUUUAUGGGGCAGAGCCCAGGCUUCUACAAGAAUGUGGUGAAGAUUCAGAAGCACGUCACGUUCAACCAAGUGAAAGGCAUUUUUGGCUUCACUGACAGUGACUGCAUUGGGAAGAUCAGCUUUCCUGCUGUCCAGGCUGCACCAUCAUUCAGCAACUCUUUCCCGAAGAUCUUCCGAGACAGGACGGACAUCCAGUGCCUCAUCCCAUGCGCCAUUGACCAGGACCCUUACUUCAGAAUGACGAGGGACGUGGCUCCCAGGAUCGGCUACCCUAAACCUGCCCUGCUGCACUCGACCUUCUUCCCUGCCCUGCAGGGUGCCCAGACCAAGAUGAGUGCCAGUGACCCCAACUCCUCCAUCUUCCUCACAGACACAGCCAAGCAGAUCAAGAGCAAGGUGAACAAGCACGCGUUUUCUGGUGGAAGAGACACCGUGGAGGAGCACAGGCAGUUUGGGGGCAACUGUGAAGUGGACGUGUCCUUCAUGUACCUGACCUUCUUCCUUGAAGAUGACGACAGGCUGGAACAGAUCCGAAAGGAUUACACCAGCGGAGCCAUGCUCACUGGGGAGCUCAAGAAGACACUCAUAGAUGUCCUUCAGCCCCUGAUCGCCGAGCACCAGGCCCGACGCAAGGAGGUCACUGAGGAAACCGUGAAGGAGUUCAUGACUCCCCGGCAGCUGUCAUUCCACUUUCAGUAAUGCUUUUUUCUGUGUGCAUAGAAAGACAAAAUCUAUCAAUAAUCCCAGCCCCAUCAAAUCAGGUCACACUCCUGUAGGCUUCUUCACGUGUUAAUUCCUGGACCUGGGUCUCUCUGCCCUUGUGCAUUCUGGAUGCUGUCUCUUCUGUGGUGUCUGUCUGCCUGGUGUCCACUGAUGCUGUGUGGUCCCAUAGCAACCCAGACGAGAGCCUCCCACAAAGAGCCCACACAGGACUGUCCAUCCAGCAGCCUGCGGUUCCACAUAAAUUCCCAAAGUCUAUUAGUUUUUUUUUUUUUAAGUGUGUAUGCUGCACAUGGUGGUACACACCUUAUAAUCUCUGUAUUCAGCAGGCAAAGGCACAAGUUCUGUGCCAGCCUGAGCUACCUAGCAAGAGCCUGUCAUUAUUUGUGUUUGAUUCUGAGUCUAUGGAGUCAGAAUGUGAUUAUUGCAAAACUACAAACUGCUGUGCAAAACUGAUGAGGAGACAUUUAGUGGGCAAAGAUGCUGUGUUUGAGCCCAUACCAACACACUCUCUCUCUCUCUCUCUCUCUCUCUCUCUCUCUCUCUCUCUCUCUUUCUCUCAUAUGAUAUAUGUAAGUUUACAUAUGAUAUAUGUAAGCCUUGCUUUACACUGACUAGGGAGUGCUCGGCUUUGUGCUGUAGGUGUAGCUCAGUAGUAGAGCACUUGCCUGUCAUGCAUGAUGUCCUGGGUUCAGUGUUCAGUGUCACAGCAGAGGGUGGGGUGGGGGGUCAUUCAGCUCACAACGCUGCCUUUAACACUGAUUAUGGACCCCAGGCUGGACCGUUUCUGUUACCCUGAGUCUUGUGGGUGAAAGUUCAGGCUGAGGUUGCUAAACUCCAGAUCACACAUGUUCUCCACUCCAGAAUCAUGCUUGUUACCCUUAGUGUACUAACUUUUCUGAGAAUGGCCCAGGGAUGACUUCUCCUGACCAUCACACUCUAAGGACAGUCUGUUGCCUUUGCAGAUGCUUUUGUUUUGACACUUGACUGAAGUGGAGGGCAGCACAGACAGUGCGCUGGCCGUACCCCAGGCCGGUGGACUAUAGCUAGACAGGAAAGAACAGCAGCUGCCCAGGCCCUGGUGUCCUCCCUCUGGGCUGACCAUGUGUAGCAAGCCACCACUCAGAGUCUUGGCAAAGCAGAAGCCGAAUCUCAGGGAAAGCCCCUGGUUGACGUGUCUGCCUUCUCUGAAGGCACCAAGGCUACUCAUGAGUGUUCUGUUCUUGCAUCACUUUCAGGCAAAAAUAAACUUUAUUGUGCUCCUGCCUUCA